CAAUACCCUGCGCGCCUCUAUUAUUGUUUUGAUGCCAGCAGCGUGAUUCGCAAACGGCGUGACGUGACGAAAGGUCAAGAGAUCGACGUCAAUUGCGACAAAAAUGGAAGAAACAGACCACGAGACAAGCAGGAAUAUCGAUGUUGAAGGUCCAUCGACACCCGUAAAUGUGUACGGUUCGCCUGUGGCACCACGCGGCCGAGGAAACGAGGAAUCCAUCGUAUCAACAUCUCACGUUGUCCCUUUGCCUUUGGCGAUCGUGAAUCGAGUGACCUGUUCCUGUAAGAAUUCAUGUAGCCGCAAAAAGACGGCUAAAACUCCUGGCUGUCCAUGCCAAAAUGCGUCGAUAAAAUGCUCCAGCAGCUGCACGUGUGGAACUAAGAGAACGGCGUGCAAGAACAAGACGGUCGAAGUUGUGGUGAAUAGAAACCCCAGUGCUUUUUCUCGUCAUCAAGAGCAAGCCGCUACUGCACAAAGGGAAAUACAAGAAUUUAUUAAAACCCUGGCCACGGAUGAAAAAGACCACAUCCUUCUAAGAGUUCUCAGCCAAGGCAAGGGAAGUCUGGAUUAUGCGAAAAACAUCCGAGCAGAAAUCAGCGACUCUGCAGCACACUCUGCUGAUCCUGAUCCUGGUCCUGAUCGAGAUGAUGUUCCUGAAUGGUGUGAUUGUUCAGUUUGUAGACCAAUGCCUCUAGUUCAUGAAUUUUAG